GUAUGAAUACGGACAGCUUUGAUGUUGAAGUAGACAUAGACAACGUAUUUGAGGUGUUAUUGAUUGCAAAUAGAGACUUUGUAGACAAGAAAGACCUUGUUUUUUGCUUUCGUAAAGCCUGGAAAGACUUGGGCUUAGACGAGGCUUUCCUUUUAGAAAGAGAAUGUGACAUAAAUACGUUGCAGCUAGUUAUGAACUUAAUUAGGAAGUCUUGUGAGGCAAAGGAAGAAAACCGGAAAACUUUCAUUCCAGCUUUUUUUGAAUUUAUCUUACAAAAUAUUGUGUUUUCAGAAGAGUUGAAAGAUUUCGACGAAGUUGAAAGUUUGCUAAAGAAAUUAUUGGAAUAUUCUUUUUCGCUUCUAUUACAAGGCUAUGGGGAAGAUUUAAGCUGGCUCGGUGAAGUCGAAGUGUCUCUUCUCCGUAUAGCCUUUUUCUUAUUUGUCAAAGUGUUAAAGGUUCCUGAGAAACGGUCCAAAACACUGGGCAACUUUGCACCUGAAAUUUUUUACAUAUGCUUGUUUCUCUGUUAUUGGCGAUCACCUGAGAAUAUAUCUUGGAUUCAAGAGCAGGAAAUUGCAAAGGACAAGAUAAAUAUUUCAGAGAAAGGUCCAGAUGUAGUUGAUAAGAAGAAUUCCGCCUAUUGGACAUGUAUUCGUUGCAUUCAAAUUUUAGGCAUUCACAAAAGAGUUGACAACGUUCAAUCCCUUGUCGGUCAGCUUUGGCCUGCAUUGCAACCUAUCUUUGUAAAGGCACUCAAAUAUGAAGACUAUCAACGAAAGGAUAAUAUCUUAUCAGAGCAUCCAAGUUUUUUAUCCCACUUAAUCAAAUAUUCUUUAUCGUUGAUGAAUGUUGAAGAACUUGAAGGUCAUAUAUCAUCCAUUUUAAGGUUGCUGGUACCGUUAUCACAAGAUUUUGACAGGCAGCGGCGUCUUCAAACCAUUGAAAGUUUCCAGUUACUCAUUCAUCGUUGCUCUUCCUCCGUAGUUGAAGAGCACAAGUCUUCAUUCUAUAUUAUUUUACGGGUUCUUUGCCGUUUUCGAGAACCUGGUUUGAUAGAUACUUUACUUUCGUGUAUUAUUCAGUUCAUUCAAAAAAUCAAAGCUCAUUCAAAGGACUGUUUUGAUGAGUCAUGUACUUCAGAAUUCUAUGAGUUACUUGAUGCGGUGAUUGACCUUGUAUCGUAUUGCACCCUCGGUUCAUCAUCCUUUGCAAUCAGUAUGAACGAACUUCGUCGUGUUGUUUGCUUUCAUCUCGCCUCCUUCAUUCAGGUUGUCGAUAAGCGGAUAUAUGCUCGUCUGCAACGUUUGUUGCCCUGUAUUUGUGAGUUAUUAGAGAAAACUUGCUCGUCAAACAAGGGUAUAGAAACAAAUAGUUUUCAAAAUACAGCAGAAGCUCUCCAGUUCUUGUUAGUUAUAUCCCAGCCCUUCAUUCCGUUUUAUCUACAAACCCUUAUUGGAAGUAUCUUGACCUGCAUUUCAACUGCCAAAACAUUUAUGAAUAUUGAAGGUUAUGAUAUUGUCUCUAUCAAAUGCAUUGAAUUGUUGGAUAUUGUUCGUGUAAAUUCAGAGCCUAGUAUAUUUUGGAAUUGCAUAAACGAAAGUGAAGAGAUUGGAAAGGAACCGCCCGGUGUGGACGGAGUUACUGAGUGGAUUGUUCAGUAUCGGAGACAUGUAGUUAAUUCUAAACAUCAUUUUGGUUCCCUCGAGAAACUGCAUUUGGAUACUUUUGAUGACUUGUUUGAGAAUUCUUCGAAUCCUUUCAAACUCUUUCUUCAAAUAUCCUUGUAGAAGAAUAUGGAAUAAGUUAUCUGCAAACUAUAAUAUUUCACACAAAGUUGAUGAAGUAAUCAAUAUUUGGUAAGUUUGUAAGGUUCAACAUGGGACCAGAGUCCGAUACUGUGGAUUCUACUUU